GCCUGUAGUGCAUUUUUCAGAGGAGUGGGACGGCUCCAGUAUGCUCCGGUUAGAUCUGAUCUCCUCUUGCAUCACUGAUGAUUGAAGUGAUCCUGUGCAGUGAAGACAACAAAGAGUUCACGCUAAGUUGCUAAAGCAGAUCUCUUCUUGCAGCACUCUCAUCACUCUAGUUACCGGUUGUACCCAGCUUGGGAGAUAACUAGUGUUUUUUACUCAAGCAAAGGAGAGGCGCUUUGGUAACUAGUGUUGUUUGCUCUUGCUCCAGUCCUUUGCUCUAGCUUGGCUCCAGUGUGCUGUUAUUGGAUCUGGGAAUGUUCGUCUCGGUUGCUUGUGUUAGUCGCGCUCAUGUUGCUCCACGGGUCACUUAUGCUUGAACUGAUCCUGUGCUGCUCUCCUCGAUCUCGCAGCAGCCUCAGCAGUGGCUUAUCAGGCUAGUUACCGGCAUGUAUUCAGGUGUAGCAGCAUGGUUUUCUCUUGGUGAUUGACCGUCGGAGUAAACUGCGUCUACAAAAUGAUCACUAUUGAUUCUUAUUAUUGACGGCUUUUUCCUUACUGGAAGACUGGCUCGUAAGGAUUCACUUUUUGCCAUUCUCCAUUUGUUUGAUGGCAGCCGUUGUAGCAUCUUUGCUUGGAUCAUGUGCCAAUAAGUUGAAAGAUAUCAUUAUUGAUGAGGCCAUACUAAUUCUAGGGGUGGAAGAAGAGCUCACAGAAGUGUUGCGACGAGUAGAAUUAAUACAGUGUUGCAUAUAUGAUGCUGAGAAAAGGAGGACAAAAGAGCAAGCAGUAAACAUUUGGCUUGGUCAAAUUUAUGAUGUUGAUGAAAUCUUGGACGUGGCUAGAUGUAAAGGAAGCAAGCUACUUCCUGAUCACCCUUCACCAUCAUCAGGCAAAUCAGUUGCAUGUAAAGGCCUUUCAGUUUCCUCAUGUUUUUGCAACAUCGGACCAUGUCGUGAUGUUGCUGUUCGGAUUAGAAGCCUCGAUAAGAAGAUAGAGAACAUUUUGCAUGACAAGAUAUUUUUAACAUUCAACAGUAGUACACAACCUACUGGGAAUGGUCCAAGGUGCAAAAUGAUAAGAAGCUCCAACCUUGUGGGAAGGGAGAUCAUACGUUCUAGCAGGAAGCUGGAGGACUUAGUUCUUGCACACAAGGAAAGUAAGUCUUACAAGCUUGCUAUUGUUGGAACUAGAGGAGUUGGUAAGACAACACUAGCUCAGAAAAUAUACAAUGACCAAAAAAUUAAAGGGAGCUUCAAGAUACAAGCAUGGAUUUGUGUUUCACAAGACUACAAUGAAGUAACUCUUCUUAAAGAGGUUCUCCGGAACAUUGGUGUGCAUCAUGAGCAAGGUGAAACCAUAGCAGAGCUCCAGAGGAAGCUUGCAGAAACAAUUGAAGGGAAGAGUUUCUUUCUCGUUCUAGAUGAUGUGUGGCACUCCAAUGUAUGGACAUAUUUAUUAAGGGCUGCAUUACAUGAAACAACAUCCGGAGUAAUAUUGGUAACCACACGAGAUGAUCAAAUUACAAGAAAAAUAGGUGUAGACCAUACCCACCGAGUUGAUCUCAUGUCAGUAGAGGUGGGAUGGGAGCUACUUUGGAAGAGCAUGAACAUUGAGGAAGAGAAAGAAGUGCAGAAUUUAAGAAACACGGGGAUUGAGAUUGUUCGUAAAUGCGGUCACCUCCCUCUUGCAAUCAAGGUUACCGCUAGUGCUUUGGCAAGCAGAGAUCUAACGGAGAAUGAGUGGAAAAACUAUUUGGGAAAAUAUGCUGGUUCUCAGAGCAUGCUCUCUGAUGAAAUAGAAGUAGCUCUGUAUCUAAGCUAUGAUGAGUUGUCGCAUCGUCUGAAGCAGUGUUUCCUUUAUUGUGCUUUGUAUGGUGAAGAUUCUAUCAUUCAGCGUGAUGUAGUUACCUGGUUAUGGAUUGCUGAAGGCUUCAUCGAGGAGCAGGAAGGCCAGUUACUAGAAGAGAUAGCAGAAGAGUACUACUACGAGCUAAUACAUCGGAAUCUCCUCCAGCCAAAUAUUAUUAGUUUUGACCAGUCUUGCUGCAAAAUGCAUGACCUCUUAAGAUAGCUUGCACUGAACAUAUCAAGAGAGGAAUGUUUUAUUGGAGAUGUUGAAACAUUAAGGGGUGGAAAUAUGUCAAAAGUACGACGUAUUACUGCUGUUAUUAAGAAGGAUAUGUUGGUGUUACCCAAAGUGGAUAUGGUGGAGGUUAAGGUACAUUAUUCAAGAGAUUUCUGCUUCUUCGUGUUUUGGUACUAAAUUGCACACUUGUGCAAAGUAUCCCUGAUUACAUAGGAAAACUGAUACAUCUACGCCUACUUAAUCUUGAUUAUACUGGCAUAUCUUGUCUUCCGGAAUCCAUUGGCUCCCUAAAAACCUUCAAGUACUGAGCUUGAGAUGGUGUGAUGAUCUGCA